UUGCAUGUAAAAUCUAUUUUAUGCCCAUUCUAUGUCUGAAAUAUUUCUAAAUUUAUAUUCUGGAGAUUAUUGAAAAACAAGAAGUUAAUUUUACAUAUACUCCAUGGAUAGCUAUAUGCCUUGUAUUCUUACUGGCUUCAUAUUUUAUGCCUUUGGUUUAAAAUGGUGUUAUGAAUAUGCUAAAUAUUGGGUAUCUCUAAGACCUAGAGAUGAUUCACGUACAACAAAGGGACUAAGAUUUAUAGAAAGAUGUGAGAAACUUAUAAACAGACAUCCUAUAGAAGGAAGUUUAAAACUAAUAGCUACUGCUGUGGGAUUAGCUGGUACAAUAACUGGUGGUUUACAACAAGUUGGAACUGUGUCUCCAAAAGUUGUACUUGCUACAAUCUAUUUAUUCUUUGCAUUCUCUGGUUUGGUUGAUGUCUUGAAUUUUUAUUUCCCUCAUAAUGUAAGUGAAGGAUUAGUAAAAUUGGCACUUGCUCAAAGCUUUUUCAUAGAAGGAUUUCUUUUCUUGUGGGGAAGUGUUGGAAACAAUGCAUUAGUUGAUAGAAUUUUGGCAUUAAUAGUAUGGACAACAUCUUUGGCUAUUACUUUAGAACUUGUGUGGCCUGAAUUGAAGCUUCUAAGAGGGUGUACGACAUUACUUCAUGGUGGUUGGAUAGCUCAUGUAGUUCGUGUAUAUCAUACAGUGCCAAUAUUACCAGAAGGUAUUGCUCUGAUAUUUUCUUGGCAUGUAGCUGCUGCUUCAGCUGUGACAUUAUGUGUAGUAGCAGCAACAAGAAGUUGUGCUCCUAAACUUAUGAUGGAAGAACCACCAGAGAUACCUAUUUAUGAUUAUUGUCAAGAACCAGAUCAGAGAAUGUAGAAUCCAAGUAAAUGGAUACAAUUUUGUGCCAAUCUGAAAUUUUUAUAGUAUGCACAAAAGUAAUAUUUUUAGAGUAGUAUAUUAAUAGUACUGUAGUGCCAGCAAAUCAAACAUUGUAAACCAAUCAUAAUUUUUACACGCAGUAUUAGUAUUUUUUUACUUAAUAUUUAUAACUUCAUUUUAUAAUACAAUGAACGACUCUAUUUUUAACUAUAUUUAUACAAAUGCGAUAGCAUAAACAAUUUUAUAAUAAUAUCUUCAAAUUAUAGGUAAAAUACUCAUUAGGAAUUAAGAGGUGCCUUAUUAUUAUUGUUCACUUAUUUAUUAAUAGAAAAACAUGUAUUUUUUAUCUUUUGUAAUAUGUUUUCUAUCCUCCAUAAAUCUAUUAUAUGUGCAAAAGUCAUGUAACUAUAUGUAUAAUGUAAAUAAAUCAUUUUAGUAAACUACAUAAAGUAA